GGGCUUGGUUCCGCAGUUCCUUACCGUUCCACCUACAGCAACAAUUACCACAUGAGCAGUUUUACAACGCCCAACAGCUUCAAUGCAAAUACUCAAUCUUUCACGCAACCUCAAGAACAAGAACAACCCGACCAAUGGAACAAUGAUGGAGGGUAUUAUGCAACCCCGACGUAUUACAGGAACAACCGGCAAACCGUACCCCAAAAUCAGCAGUAUCAACAACAAUACCCAAUAAACGCCUUUGAAGAUACCCAAGAGCAGCAGCAUCCUCAGUACCGUUACCAUCAGCAGCAGCAGUACCGACAAAAUCGAAACCCAUCCUACUACGGAACUGGAGAGCCCCAAAGAAAUCCCCCAUUUUCUCACGAAGACGACUCCUCGCCACCCUUCAACAUGCCCAUGAUGGCACCAAUUCGGAGGAUGUAUCACGUCUACGAAGACAACGUGCGUGGAUUUGCCAAGCGAUUUAGAAACAUGGUCUACGCUCCGAUGCGAAUGAUGGGAUAAACAAGUCGCAGUUGAGGCGAAUACUUAAUAAUCGUGAAAACAAAGAAAAUAAUUCUGAACGUGAUGUACAUAUGUACCUAUUAAAUAUUUUCAAAAAAUCUCAACUGUAAUCUUAAUGGUGAACGUGGUCAUCUUGUAGCAAUUAUGAUUAAUUAGUUUGUGCUACUACAUUCAUGGUGUUGAGGUGGAUGCCCAUCGUCUCACUUUAACUCAUUGUCUUGUAAAAUGAGAUACUCAUCUCGACCUCAAAGGCACGCUCAUGCAGGUGGAUUGGAUUGCAUCGCAUUUUUAUUGCCAGUAUAUUUGCCUAUGAAGUCUUAUUAGAGUUAAUGUUCUGUUAAAUCUUGGUUGAUGAGGAUCUGUAAAACCGUAAGUGAAAUGCGGCUAUUCUUCUGUCUGACUUAUGUCUUGUUGUUGCACCUUAAUCUACAAUUGUACGAGCUUGAAAUUAGCAAAUUAAGUAUUUAUCUUUACAAAAUGAAAAUAUGGCAGGGCUCUAAAAAUGUAGGA